CCUAAUUUCAUACCUUUCGAGACCGUGUUCUACUCUCGCGUCUCCUCUUCCUCUCUCGCGUCUCCCUGUCCACUCUCGCCGCCGUCCAAGGGUGCGGGCCGCCGCCGCUGCGCCGCGUCUCCUUCUUUCUCCAUCCCUGUUCGUGUUCUUCUUUUGGAAAAAAAUAGAAUGGGAGUUGGCCGUGAAGUCUCAAUUUCACUUGAUGGAGUGAGGGACAAGAACCUUAUGCAGCUCAAGAAGCUCAAUAUUGCUCUUUUCCCUGUUCGUUACAAUGACAAAUACUAUGCGGAUGCACUUGCUUCUGGCGAAUUCACUAAACUAGCUUACUACAGUGACAUUUGUGUUGGGGCAAUUGCGUGCCGGCUUGAGAAGAAGGAAGGUGGGGGGCAAGUUCGGAUUUACAUCAUGACUUUAGGGGUUUUGGCACCUUACCGUGGACUUGGUAUUGGAACAAAACUGUUGAAUCAUGUUCUUGAUCUCUGCUCCAAGCAAAACAUUUCUGAGGUUUACUUGCAUGUGCAGACAAACAAUGAAGAUGCCAUAAACUUUUACAAGAAAUUCGGCUUCGAAAUUACAGAAACAAUCCAGAACUAUUACACAAACAUCACGCCACCAGACUGCUAUAUUCUCACGAGGCUUACAGCUCCAAGCCCAACCAAGAAAUAACAUUUUAGUGCCGGUCAUUUUGGGGAGACUCAUCAGAGUUUGUUGCAUUAUUUUAUUGGGUUUUUCUAUGGGUGUACUGCACUUAAGCUUGCCAUUUCCAAUAUUACUAGAGUUUAAAGUUAGCAUAACAUUAGCACACAAAGAAAGCACUUGGAGAUCUCUUGCUAAGGUACUAACUUAGUUGUUUUAUCUCCAGGCUCUCAAUCUUCCCCGUUUAAAUAUGAUUUUUGAAUUUCUUA